AUGGAUGAUCUUGUUCACCAGCAAGCACACCACCCACAACCCCUCCCUUCCCCAUCAACACCGACCAACAACAAUGUCCUCGCUCCCAGCUGGCGUGGCAUAGUCAUGACCACGUAUGAUGCCCUGCGAGUCAUCGAGGCAUGCCUGAACGGCCAGCUCCUGCACACUGCCCGCCGCCCACACGAUAGGGAACGCGACUCCCUGAUCCAGAGCGGCAAUGUCUUCGUCUACGAGGAGUCCUCCUCUGGAAUAAAACGGUGGACCGACGGCCAGAACUGGAGCCCCAGCAGGAUCCUAGGCAACUUCCUCAUCUAUCGGGAGCUGGACAAGAACUUCCCCCCGGGUGAUAAGAAGAGGGCCAUCAAAAGAAAGAGAGACGGCAAGCCUGAGCUUUCAAAUGGAAACUCCAACAUGACCGCCUCCCCUGGCUCGGUUAACGACGAGAGGCAACGGGCGCUUCUUGGGUCGCUGAUCGACUCCUACCCCUUCAAGGAGGGUGGUCUGAUCAAGAAGACCAUCAGCAUCAAGUGGCAGGGUGUGAUGCACCAUCUUGUCAGCUACUACUCUCUCGAAGACGCCAGCGCGGGGAACCUACCCACCCCAUCACAGGACCCAAAGCUUCUCAGCAUCCGGCCUCGCCAUGAGCUGCUCGGACAACAGGAUUUCCGCGUCCCGGUCGAGCAAGAGGACCCGCGGAUCAUGGACGAGCGAGCUCUCAUGCUCGGCAUGGGCUACGCGCCACAGUCGGGCCUGGAGCGCACAAUGUCGUUGCCUCAAAUGCCGAUGAUGCAGCCGUACGGCACCCAGAACCACUUUCACAUGCCCAUGCACAUGCACCAACCCAUGGGUUCCAGUCUACAACUUGGAGGCCACUUUGGUCACUCGCAAAGCGGCUUCGUGCCCUGGGACCGGCCUCGCGCGCCAUCGAUCAACCUUCCCACGUAUCCUCCUAACCAGGGACUGCCACACAUGAUGGACGGUGGCAGCAAAAGAAGACGCUCAGAGGCCUACGACAGUUCUAAUGGCGCAACGGACGACCUCUUUUCACCCGGUGGCAUGACUCACGCAGACGUGCCAAGGACAUCUCACCAUUACUACCAACCAGCAACCUCAUCCUACGCGAUGCCAUCGUUGCCCUCGACAUCCAUGGGACCCGACUCCUCUGUGGAAUACAGGCCAUCGGUAACUUCCAUGGCGCCCCCACCACACGCGAGCGCAAUCUCGGACCCACCAAUAACGACGAUGGACUUCGCAGCUCCGUCUGUGACCACAAUGGCACCUCCAGUGAGUACAGCUCUUGCUGAUGGUCUUCCUGGGGUGACGCUGACCUCCAUACCGUCGCUCUCUGGCACUUCUAUAGACGGAUCGCACCGCGAUUCCCACUACUUCUCAUCGCCCAACUUCGCCAGUUGGAGCUCUACGCACGACAGCAACUCUUACCUGUCGGCAUCCGGAAGAUCUAUGAACGGUGCCUGGCCUCAUGCCUCGCAGUCCGGCACCCACCGAUAG